AUGGUGACCACCAGAAGUAGAGACGGAAACAAUACAGACCCUAUGGAGCAAAUGAGGCGACUUCAGGACCAGCUGGAACGACAGAAUCAACUCAUACUACAACAACAAGAGGCCUAUCUAAAGAUCACAGAGGAACUUAAACAACUCAAGGAGAAACAGCGAGAUGCAACAGAUGACCACAGCCGGAAUGAUGAUGAAGACCAUACGGCACAGAACAGGGGACCUCCUCGCUCCCCGGACCUGCUACCCUUCACAGAGGCUAUCAUGCAUGCUCCUAUGCCCGACCGGCCUCCUCCGCAAAUAGAAAAGUUCGACGGAACAACCGACCCAGAACAUCACCUCCGAAGCUUCCUGGAUUCAAUGGCCUUUUAUUCCAGCGACGAUCCGGUCAAAUGCCGAGCGUUUUUCCUAUCCCUGAAGGGGGAAGCUCUCGAAUGGUACUAUGCUCUCCCUCCUAACUCCAUUGACAGUUUCCGUACGUUUGCCGGGCUAUUGAAGAGGCAAUACGUAUCUAACCGAAAAGAGGCAACUACAGCGGCCGAACUCGUCAAUCUCAGACAGGAGAAAGACGAGCCACUUAGAAAAUUCAUGCAUCGUUACACUGAAGUAGCAAGAAGAGUAAAGGGGGUAAGUCAUGAGUUUAUCAUCACUAAUUUACCUAACUGCCUGAAGCCGGGUUAUGUCUCAGAAUCACUGUACGCCAAGUUGCCUAAAACCAUGGAGGAGCUGCAAGAAAAAAUGAACAAGUUCAUUAUGAUGGAAGAUCAGCGGCAUUUUCGCCGGAAAACGGACGCUGCCACAGCCGGGACAAAACAUGAGGGGGGACGGUCACGAGAUAAAAACCGUAACCAAAGGCCGCCGCAAAAAUACGCCCCUGCGCCUUAUAAUCCUCAGUACAAUCGGUACGCCCCUCUAACGGCCUCUAGGGAAAGGGUAUUUGAAAAAGCCCUACAGGCCAACCUAAUUUCCGCUCCAAGACGAGGAACUCCAGAUGCCGCAGACGGAGCUAAAGUUUGUAGAUAUCAUGGCAACCAGGGGCACACUACAGAAGAAUGUCGGGCCCUCAAAGACAGGAUUGAAAAGUUGAUUCGUGAAGGACAUUUGCAGGAAUUUGUCCGAACAUAUGCACGCCAACGAGACCGAUCGCCGAGGGGAGCCAGAAGAAGUCCCGAGCAUACCAGAAGAAAUACCGAGCGUUCCCGGAAUCAGCACCGUGAACGCUCUCACAGUAGACCCCAAAAGCGCGACCCCACUCCGCGGGGACGGAUCGAUACUAUAUCGGGCGGUUUUGCGGGAGGAGGGGCCUCAUCCUCAGCUCGCAAAAGACACGUAAGAAGUCUACGAAGCGUUCACAACAUCGUCCGCAACCCUCUAUCGAUGCCGGACAUCACCUUCACAGACGAAGAUUUUCACGCUCCAGACCCCGACCAAGAUGAUCCAAUGGUGAUAACCGCCCGUAUAGCCGAGUACGACGUAAGUAAAGUUCUGAUCGAUCAAGGCAGCUCCGUCAAUAUCCUAUAUUGGACCACUUUCCAAAAGAUGGGACUGUCAGAAGACAUAAUAGCACCAUUCGGAGAGCAAAUUGUCGGCUUUGCGGGCGAACGAGUGGAUACUCGAGGCUACGUAGAUCUCAGAACCUGGCUGGGAACUGGCGACAGGGCCAAGGAACUCCGUACGCGGUUCCUGUUAGUAGAAGCCCACACCUCAUAUAACGCCCUCCUUGGGCGGCCGUGCCUCAAUGCUUUCGGUGCCAUAGUCUCCACUCCACAUCUGGCGAUGAAAUUCCCUUCGGAAGAAGGAAAGAUAUGUACCGUACGGGCAGAUCAGAAAAUCGCCCGACAGUGUUAUGUGGCGUCUUUAAAAGACAAGACAUAUCGUAGAGAAAAACGAUCGGAGGCAAUACUGGUCGAUUUAGACCCCAGGACCAACACCGAUGAUCGCAUUCAACCCCAGGGGGAAACCAAACAAUUCAUCCUUGGCAGAAACGCCGACCAAACCACCUCCAUCGGCGCCGGCUUGACGCCAGAACAAGAAAGGGACCUGACUGCAUUACUGAAAACGAACAACAAACUUUUUGCAUGGACCGCCUCUGACAUGCCAGGAAUUCACCCCAGCGUGAUCACCCACAAGCUGUCAAUAUUCCGUGAAGCCCGUCCGGUCGCUCAGAAGAAACGGCGGCUAGGCAAUGACAAAAGAGAAGCCGUGCAGGCCGAGGUAGACAAGCUGGUGAAAGCCGGAUUUGUCUGGGAAAUCCGAUACAGCACUUGGCUCGCAAAUGUUGUGAUGGUAAAGAAAGCGAACGGUCAGUGGCGAAUGUGUGUUGACUUCACUGACCUAAAUAAAGCCUGUCCGAAGGAUAACUACCCCCUUCCCAGCAUCGACCGGUUAGUAGACGGUGCUUCGGGACACGCAGUCUUGAGCUUCCUCGACGCCUAUUCCGGGUACAACCAAAUCCCCAUGUACGUCCCGGACCAGGAGAAGACAGCUUUCAUAACGGAGCAUGCCAAUUACUGCUACGAGGUGAUGCCGUUCGGCCUAAAAAAUGCCGGCGCAACGUACCAACGGCUCAUGGACAAAGUCUUUCGAGAGCAAAUCGGGCGGUGUAUGGAAGUCUAUGUAGACGAUAUGGUGGUAAAGAGCUCCUCGCAUCAGCAACAUUUGAAAGACCUGACAAAAGUCUUUCAACAACUCGAGCGGUAUGACCUACGAUUGAACCCGUUGAAAUGCACCUUUGGAGUGCAAGCAGGCAAGUUCCUAGGUUUUUUGUUAACCGACCGAGGAAUAGAAGCCAACCCAGACAAAUGCCGGACGAUUUUGGAGAUGCGGAGCCCAACGAAACUCAAGGAGGUCCAGUGCUUAGUCGGACGCCUUACUGCUCUAUCCCGGUUUAUACCGAAGCUCUCCGACCAUAUCAAACCCAUAAUAAAGAAUAUGAGGCAAUCAGUGCGAAGCUGCCUUCUCCACUAUAAAAAAUAUACUAACAUCUCCGCCAGUUAUGGCGCGACCAACAGAAGGCUUCGAUUUACAGCUAUACUUAGCGGCCUCCAACCAUUCGGUAAGCGCCGCCCUCAUUCAGGAAUCUCCAAUUCUUAA